UGUCAUUUUCCUUUGCUAGAUUCAAUGUGCUAAAUCAGACAGACGGAAUACAUGACGUAGGACGUAUUGUUUGGUAUCUUGCCCUAAACCUCUUCCUCGCAUGGACGCUCAUCUACUUUGGCCUCUGGAUGGGAGUCAAAUUGAGCGGCAAGAUAGCUUAUGUCACCGUUCCCUAUAUACACCUUGUACUAGCCGCAUUUUUUAUACGUGGGGUCACUUUACCAGGAGCGUAUGAUGGUUUGCGGUUUUUUCUCUACCCCAACAUAUAUCUACUUGGAAGAACACAGGUGUGGAUAGCCGCUGGAACAGAAGUUUUCUAUUCCUUCUCGAUUGGACUAGGUGCUUUCACAGCCCUUGGAAGCUUCAACAAAUUCCACUACAACUUCUAUAGGGACAGCAUGAUCGUAGCCUUCUUAAAUGUGAUUACAAGUAUCUACAGUGUUAUCAUCGUCUCUUCAUUCGUUGGCUUCGUAGCGUUCGCUGAGGAUAUCCCAAUAAGUGGAGCCGUUGAUGCAGGUCCUGGUCUUUUUUUCGAGGUCUUUCCGCGUGCUUUUGCUGCAAUGCCUUCAUCAAGGGUCUCGGCAAUUUUCUUCUUCCUAGUGGUCCUAAAGAUUGGGCUAAACUCUCAGCUCGUCAUGGUAGGGGCGUUCAUCACGUCUGUCUUGGAUCUUUUCCCUACCUCGCUGCGGAUUGGGUAUUAUAAAGGGCUAUUCGUAUUGGGAGUCUGCUUUGUAAACUUCCUGAUUGGCCUUAGUAUGGUAACUCAGGGUGGUCUCUACGUCUUCACGCUCUUCAGUAACUAUGGGGAUAGUGCCUUCCCUAUCAUUUGGAUAUGUUUCUUCGAGAGCAUCGCCAUCGGAUGGUUUUAUGGUGUUAGAAGGUUCUCCCGAGACAUUGCCGAGAUGCUGAAAUGGCAACAGAUUGAAUGGUACAUAAUCUGCUGGCCAGUCACUGUUCCUAUUAUUGCUCUGCUCGUUUGGAUCGGCAACAUAGUGUACUGGGCCCCGCUGUCAUUUUCCUCUGGCUACCCGAGCUGGGCCGACGGGCUCGGCUUCUGUAUGACCCUCUCGUCGAUGGUGUGCAUUCCCGCAGGAGCGGUCUACUCCAUCUUCUACCACAUGAUCAAAGGUGAAGGGCCCACUAUGACGAGGCUGAAAAAGGUUAUCCAACCCACUAUCGUUCCUUUUCGUUACGAACUACAUGUAGAACCAGAUGGUGUGGAAAUGACCUAAUUUCAUGA